AUGUCCAACAGCAGCUCCAUCACCCAGUUCCUCCUCCUGGCAUUUGCAGACACGCGGGAGCUGCAGCUCCUGCACUUCUGGCUCUUCCUGGGCAUCUACCUGGCUGCCCUCCUGGGCAACGGCCUCAUCAUCACCGCCAUCGCCUGCGACCACCACCUCCACACCCCCAUGUACUUCUUCCUCCUCAACCUCUCCCUCCUCGACCUGGGCUUCAUUUCUACCACUCUCCCCAAUUCCAUGGCCAACUUGCUCUGGGACACGAGGGCCAUCUCCUACCAAGGGUGUGCUGCCCAGGUCUUUUUCUUUUUUGGUCUGAUGUCAGCAGAGUUUUAUCUCCUCACCAUCAUGGCCUAUGACCGCUACGUUGCCAUCUGCCAACCCCUGCACUACGGGACCCUCCUGGGCAGCAGAGAUUGUGUCCACAUGGCAGCAGCUGCCUGGGGUGGUGGGAUCCUCACUGCUGUGCUGCACACAGCCAACACAUUUUCAAUACCUUUCUGCAAGGGCAAUGCCCUGGACCAGUUCUUCUGUGAAGUUCCCCAGAUCCUCAAGCUCUCUUGCUCAGGCAUGUACCUCAGGGAGGCCGGGCUUAUUGUGAUUAGUGUCUGUGUAGCAUUGGGGUGUUUUGUUUUCAUUGUGCUGUCCUAUGUGCAGAUCUUCAGGGCCGUGCUGAGGAUCCCCUCUGAGCAGGGACGGCACAAAGCCUUCUCCACAUCCCUCCCUCACCUGGCUGUGGUCUCUCUGCUUGUCAGUACUGGCUUGUUUGCCUACCUGAAGCCCCCCUCCAUCUCCUCCCCAACCCUGGACCUGGUGGUGGCUGUUCUGUACUCAGUGGUGCCUCCUGCAAUGAACCCCCUCAUCUACAGCAUGAGGAACCAGCAGCUCAAGGAUGCAGUUCGGAAGCUGAUGACUAGAUUUUUUUUUAGAAGCAAUAUACUGCCCAUCUUCUUCUCCUUAUCACUCAUAACAGAACUCAUUACAGGACCAACCUGUCUUCUAUAUAUUUUGUAG